AUGUGUUAUGAAGCGCCACCUGUGCCGGCGCCGUAUAAUCAGCACGCCAAACGCACGAAUGAGCUAUUCACCGUCUUUUACGAAGAAAUCGGAAAAUGGCCCUGGGAGGUCAUUUCGUUCGGGCCAAGAACAUGGGGUCAGAAUUUAGUCCAGGAUUUCAUGAGGCUUCUGAGCGUCGACCUUCCUAACACCGAAGGUGUGAGACUCGAGGAACUCAUCGACUGGUUGCACGACAACUCUGCGGAACAUCCGAUGCCGCGAUAUAAAUAUCAGCUGAGCAAGAUGCUCCUUGCGAAAGCAACCAAGUGGCUGGCUGAUAAGCGUGAGCUGUCUGGCGCUCAACAACAUGACUCCGAUUCCGGAUCCGACUCUGACGAGUCUAUCCCCAAUGAACCUCAAAAUGUAACCCGAAACAAAGCUCGAGCUCAAGCCCUUCGUACCGGCGCUAGAACUGCGCCGACCCGAACUGCACGCAAGCGACCAAUCGAUUACAAUGAACGUCGCUACUUCACCAAACUUCAUAAUCUCGACGAUCCGGAAGAUGAUGCUGCAGAUGAGGGGGGAGACCAGCAGGCCGAAGAAGAGUCACAGGAAGAGGUUGAACUUGAGCCAGCCGACCCUCCAGCCAAGCGAAGACUUAUGGUCUUUUUCAACUUCUCGCCCGAGCACACCCAGGAGCUGUCCAAACUCAUGGGAGACCGCAUCACGGUAGCGUCCCGACACUCGAUUCCACAGCGAAAUGUCCCUGGAAGCGCAGGGGAAGCACACCUUCUCGAUACACCUUCACUGAAUGAACUGAAUGAGGUUCAACGGGCCUAUGCCGACCACUUGAAGCGCGAAAUCGCCAAAAUCGAGGAGGACGUCAACCGGACCGAAGCAAACAUCAGUAACUCAACCCGACGCCACCUAGGUUAUCAAGAGAUCGUGCGGUUCAGCGCCGAAGCUCUCGAAGAAGCGACCAAAGAAGCCACCGAGGCUUCCCAAGCGGUACGGAUAGCUAGAGCGCGCUGCGCAGCGGAUGUCCAAGCCGUGGAAGAAUUACGACGUAUUAGCAGCGACAACCCUAGUAUCCUCGCGCCUGAGAUGCUUCAGAACAUCGAGGAAAAUACCGUCGCCCAGAAACAGAAGAGAGAGACCGAGCUCACCCUGCGAAAGAAGGAGAAACGUCUGAAUGACCUCAAGAACAAGAUCGAAAUGGCAAAAGUCAACGCGGAUCCACUCCAGAGCAAGAUCAACGAGCUGUCUGACGUCCGCCGUGCAAAGGAAAAUUCCCGACGAAGUCUCGUUAUUUUGCAUCGUCUUGUUGCCAUGGGAGAAAAGGAAAUGGAGGAGGUUUUGGGGGAGAAGGGUAUUGAGGAAUGGAUGAAGGAGCAAGUUUAA